AUGGACUUACUCCAUGCUACAGGAAUUUCCAUAGUUGGAUAUCUACAGGAGAACCUGAUUGGUUUCCAGGACUGGUUUGUAUUUGUCUCCCACGCAGCUGACCUUAAAAACACCUUCUACGUCUUCUUUCCCAUAUGGUUCCACCUGUGUGAGUCCGUGGGCAUCCGGCUGAUAUGGGUGGCGGUGGUUGGCGACUGGCUUAACCUUGUCCUCAAAUGGAUUCUUUUCGGACAAAGGCCUUACUGGUGGGUACAUGAGACAUCCUAUUACGGCAAAGGCCCCACUCCAGAAAUUAUGCAGUUCCCAGUAACCUGUGAGACUGGGCCAGGAAGUCCAUCAGGGCACGCUAUGGGCUCCUCGUCGGUGUACUAUGUGAUGACUUGUGCCGCGCUCUCUCUUCUGAAAACCAGAGAGUUGCCCAUUGUCUCGCUUCAACUCAUUGCUAGGUGUCCACGCUGGGCCUUGUGGGCUUUCUUCUGGGCCGUACAAGUCAACGUUUGCCUGUCCCGAGUGUUUGUGGCUGCACAUUUUCCCCAUCAGGUCAUAGCGGGUGUCAUUUCAGGAAUCGUGGUGGCCAAAGUGUUCAACCAUCUACAAGUGAUAUACAGCGUCAACCUGAAAAAAUACAUCUCCAUCACCCUGGUCCUCUUCUCAUUUGCAAUGGGCUUCUACUUGCUACUCAAAGAUUUCGACGUGGACCUCUUGUGGACCCUUGAGAGAGCAGCACAUUGGUGCUCCAGGCCCGAGUGGAUCCAUAUCGAAUCCACACCAUUCGCUAGCCUGGUCAGGAAUUUAGGUAUUUUCCUCGGCUUAGGAUUAGCUUUGAAUUCUCAGAUGUACAAGACUAGUUACAGGGAGAAGCAAGGAGCCGAAUUCACGUUCCGCCUCAGCUGUAUCAUCAUUUCCCUGCUGGUUAUUCACAUCUUCGACUGCUUUGAACUUCCCUCCGAUGUGGAGACGGUCUACUACCUUCUCUCGUUCUGCAAGAACAUAGCUGUCUCUGUAACCACCGUAGGAAUCAUUCCUUACUGUGUAUCAUAUGUAUUGAGGGGACAAGAUAAGAAGGUCUUGUGAAGAAUGUAGAUAAUAAAAAAAUGAUAAAACGGCACUCACCACCAUAGUGCAAAAAGUCUUUAAAAGGAAAACUGCCAGCC